CGGAAUUCAACUACAGAGGCAAGCGGGAUACGUGGAUAGUCCACGACAGAGAAGAAGAACAGAGAAAAACCCCCCAAAAUCUUUUCAAUCUCCGGAAGCUCAAGCUCUACAGUGAUGUACGGAGGAGAUGAAGUUUCGGCUAUAGUGGUAGACUUGGGCUCUCACACUUGCAAGGCUGGUUACGCCGGCGAAGAUGCUCCCAAAGCCGUCUUCCCUUCAAUUGUUGGAUCAUCAAUUGAUCAAAUGGAAGUUGACAAUCAAGAUAAUCCAGAUAAUAAUUCUGGAUCUGUCCCAGACUCUAAAUCCAAGAGUAAGGGCAUAUUGUAUGUAGGAUCACAAGCCUUGGGUUUCCGCAGGGAUUACAUGGAGGUAUUACCAUCCAUAAAAGAUGGAAUAGUUGCUGACUGGGAAAUUGUUGAAAACAUAUGGGACCAUGCCUUUAGGGAAUGCUUGUUGAUAGAUCCUAAAGAGCAUCCCAUGCUUCUGGCUGAGCCAUGUUCUAAUACUCAACAACAGAGAGAAAAGGCAGCAGAGCUUAUGUUUGAAAAAUACCAAGUCCCUGCUUUGUUUUUGGCCAAAAAUCCAGUUCUGACAUCUUUUGCAUCAGGACGUGCCACCUCUCUGGUGAUAGAUAGUGGUGGAGGGUCGACUACAAUUGCUCCUGUGCAUGAUGGAUAUGUUCUUCAAAGGGCUGUUACUACAUCUCCUAUAGGGGGUGAAGUGCUUACUGAAGCCUUGAUGAGAAGUUUGGAACAAAAGGGCAUUGUUAUAAAACCUCGAUAUUCUUUCAGGAGAAAAGAAAUCCGGCCAGGAGAAUUUCAGACGGUAGAUCUCGAUUUUCCUAAUACAACCGCAAGUUACAAACUCUAUUACCAGAAAGUGAUUGCUGGUGACAUCAAAGAAUGUGUAUGCCGAGCCCCAGAUACUCCAUAUGACGAUAGUUCAUACUCGAAUAUUCCACUGACAUCUUAUGAGCUUCCUGAUGGGCAGACAAUAGAAAUUGGUGCAGACAGAUUCAAGAUUCCUGACAUCUUAUUCAAUCCAUCAUUGGUUCGGACCAUUCCUGGUAUGGAAAGUUUUGCUGAGAGUGCUGCUUCCCUCCGGAGCCUGCCACAAAUGGUCAUCGAGAGUAUAAAUAGAAGUGAUGUGGAUAUUCGAAGAGAACUCUAUAGCAGUAUAUUGCUUGCUGGUGGAACAGCAUCAAUGCAACAAUUGAAAGAACGUCUUGAGAAAGACUUGCUUGAGGAAUCUCCACAAGCCGCAAGAGUCAAAGUACUGGCAAGUGGAAAUGCAACAGAAAGGAGGUUCAGUGUAUGGAUAGGGGGCAGUAUACUGGCAUCACUUGGUUCUUUUCAGCAAAUGUGGUUUUCAAAGUCUGAGUAUGAAGAACAUGGAGCUCCGUAUGUUCAAAGGAAAUGUCCUUAAUUUGCACCAGUUUCGGCAGCACGGUUAUCAGCCCGGGGAAAUGUCCUUAAUUUGCACCAGUUUCGGCAGCACGGUUAUCAGCCCGGGGAAAUGUCCUUAAUUUGCACCAGUUUCGGCAGCACGGUUAUCAGCCCGGGGGCCGGGACUGCUAUUCCUGCAAUGCAUCAUUCCUUUGUUUGAUGGGACAACCGCGUAAAUUUAGUUCAUACUAAUCCAAAAAGUUGAUGUAGUUUGCCUGCUAACCACACACCAUUGUAGCCCAUUUAGAUGAUAUUGUGAACUUGGUUACUGCGUUAUUUUCUGAAGCUUCAACAAUCUAAAAUUGAUCUGCCUCUAAUGGUGUAGUUUAUACAGUGCAAGACUUAUUGAGGCACAAUAUACAAUUCAUAGUGUAGAAAACUUGAUUUCUCUAUGUAAUUUGAUCAUAGGAGUUCAUUUGUAGACUUGUAGUUCUUGAUCUCCGUGGCUUGUCAACUGAUAUUGAAAGCAGUACAGUAGUUAUUAACCCCAAAUUUGCACUAUGUAAA